UAUUGCAAGAUAAGAGAAAAGAAGUCCACCCAUUCCAAGUCACCUCAUUAUAUGGCCUUUUGCAUUAUAAUAUGCAAGUCUUGAGUCUGCACUACCAUCUUCAUCCCCUUUGAGAAAGAUUUUUAUUCUCCAUUUGGUAUUUUCUUGUGUAACAAUGGUUUCUCGGAAAAUCCUAUUAUGGUGUGUCUUAUUACAAUUUAUCUUUAUUUGCUCUAUUUCUCAAGAAAAUGUAAAUAUUAUUCCUCUUGGUUCCAACAUCACAGCUGGAAAUAAUUCUUCAUACUGGCUUUCACCCUCUAGAGAGUUUGCCUUUGGGUUCUACCCUCUUAGCAGUACUGGACUCUUCCUUGUUGGCAUAUGGUUUGAUAAAAUCCCCGAGAAAACUCUCGUAUGGUCAGCCAAUCGCGAUGAUCCAGUUCCUGCCAGAUCAAAGGUUAGUCUAACGCUAAGUGGACGCCUUGCGUUGACGGAUACUAAUGGGACAGAAUUUGUUUUGUACAAUGGUACAAGAAUAAGUCAUGCUGCUAUGCAAGAUGAUGGAAAUUUUGUCCUGACAAAUUCAUCCUCCGGAGUCCUGUGGCAAAGCUUUGAUUUCCCAACAGAUACUAUUUUGCCUGGUCAAUUUCUUGAUAUGGGGCAGAAGCUAUUUUCUAGUGCCAACGGGACAGUAGAUUACUCAACGGGGAAGUACAGAUUAGAGAUGCAGACGGAUGGGAACGUGGUCUUGUCUGCAUAUAGAACUACUGAUUUUGGAUACUGGAAUGCUCAAACUAUAAACAAUAAUAGUGUACGGUUGGUCUUCAAAAAUACAACUGCUACUUUGUUCAUUGUGAAUGGGAGCUCAAUCAUAUACUACAUGACAGCUAGCCUGCCUGCUUCAGUUCGAGAUUAUUACCACAGAGCUAUGAUCACUGACAAGGGAAAUUUCCAACAGCUCUUCCGCAGCAAAGUAAAUGGGAGCGUUUGGGAUGUUGCGUGGCAAGCUAUCACGCAACCUUGUAUUGUGAAUAACAUUUGUGGUGUAUAUGGCUUUUGCGAAUCACCUGAUAACAAGGAAAUCAAUUGUAGUUGUUUGCCAGGAUAUUGGCCUAGGGAUCAGCACAAUCCAUCUAAAGGUUGUUAUCCGAGCGUGGUAAAAGAUUUUUGUGAUCCAAAUUCUUCACAUUCGGAUGUCUAUGUUCAAAGGAUCUCUAAUGCUGAUUUCCCUAAUAGGGAUUAUGCAGAACUAGAAAGGGUUUUUCAAGCCAAUGAGGAGAUUUGCAGGCAGGAAGUGUUGAAUGAUUGUCUUUGUGAGGCAGCUGUCUUGAUUGGUUCAACGUGUUUCAAGAAGAGGAUGCCUAUACAGAAUGCCAGAAGUGUUGAUCCUGAUACAAACAAUAUGGUUGCAUUCCUUAAAAUUAGCAACUAUACGACAUCUGAAAACAAAAACCACUCUGUCUCUAAGGGUGUCCUCAUAGCAGGUGUCAUAGUAUGUUCAGUACUUGCUCCGCUUUUUGCAGCAAUUGCUGUAUAUUAUCAACCUUUUGUGCAGAUACAUAGACUUGCCAAAAGCCCUCCAAAAAGAAAGCCAAUUGAGCUGAAUUUAAGGGCAUUUUCGUUCCAGCAGCUGAGCGAAGCCACCAAUGGUUUCAAGAACAAAUUAGGGCAAGGAGCUUCUGCUGCGGUUUAUAGCGGAAUUCUCAAGUUAGAGGAUGAAGAAGUUGAAGUUGCUGUGAAGCAAUUAGGAAAUGGCAUUGAACAAGGCGAUGAUAAAGAAUUUUUGGCAGAAGUGAGAGUGAUUGGUCUAACACAUCACAAGAAUCUGGCUCGUUUGCUAGGCUUCUGCAACGAAAAGAAUCAUCGGCUUCUUGUUUAUGAAUUGAUGAAAAAUGGGGCUGUGUCAAGUUUGAUCUUUUGGGAUGGAAAAAGACCAAGCUGGAAGCUAAGAAGUGAUAUGGUACUUGGGACUGCUAGAGGCCUAUUAUACUUGCACGAAGAGUGUGAGAACCAGAUCAUUCAUUGUGACAUUAAGCCACAGAAUGUCCUUCUUGACAAGAACUACACUGCCAAAAUUGCUGAUUUUGGCCUUGCAAAGCUUCUUAAGAAAGAUCAGACGCGAACAAGCACGAAUGUUAGAGGAACCACGGGUUAUAUGGCACCAGAAUGGCUAAAAAAUGUGCCCGUGACAACCAAGGUUGACAUCUACAGCUUUGGUGUUUUGCUGCUUGAGAUUAUUUUCUGCCAAAGGCACAUGGAGUUGAACCUAGCUGGCGAAGAAAACGAAGAGCUCGAGUUGAUCUUAGUGGAUUGGGUUCUUCAUUGUGUGAGAAACGAGAUGCUGAGAACUGUUGUUAGUCAUGAUGAAGAAAUAAUGUGUGAUUUUCACAAUUUUGAGAGGAUGACUGUGGUUGGAUUAUGGUGCUUGUGUCCUGAGCCGAAUCUUCGACCAUCUGCAGCAAAGCUUGUUCAGAUGUUGGAAGGAACUAUAGAAAUAGGCGUUCCUCCAAUGGUUGAUACAACUAUCUGAUUGAUUUUCUGUACUUUCUUGUGAUUUGUCCAACCAUUAAAUGCCAUUCUGUUUUAUUAGUCA